AUGGGAGUUGAAUUGAAGUUGCCUCAAGAACUAAAAGCAUGUCUUGUUGAGUACUGGGACUUGGUAAACAAGCAGAAGCAGUUAUUCCAACUCCCUGCUGAGAAGAAUGUAGAGCACAUUCUUGAAAACUAUGUGACUUUCUUGAAGUCACAGAGAAAUUCUGAUAAUUCUGUUGAUGAACUUGUGUAUGGAAUUAGAAAGUAUUUCAACAAGAUGCUGGGCACUCAGCUGCUCUGUCAGUUUGAAAACCCCCAGUAUGCCGAAAUCCUCCUUGCUUACCCAGAUAUUCCGAUGUCUCAGAUUUACGGGGCUCCACACCUCCUGCGAAUAUUUGUGAACAUUGGGACUGCUUUGGCCCAUUGGUCACUUAAUAGUCACAGUCUUAUAUCAUUGUCCAGCUAUAUGCACGUUUUCCUUAAUUACCUAUCAGAGAAUACCACUUCUCUGUUUGGUGCGAGCAAUUACAAAUUGUCUUCUAUCGCAUAUUCUAUCUUCUAUCGCUUCAAAGCCUUGUGUGGGUCUGCAGACCACUCUGUUAUGACCUAG